AUGGCCGCCACAUUUACCACCGUGGUCGUUGCGACUGCCACCACCAUUGCCGCUGUGACCUCCCCCUCUUCUCCGUUGCCCACCUCCCACAAUGAAACCGGGAGAUGGGAUGCCGUAAUCGCCAUUGUGGUUGUGAUUGUGAAUUCUAGUAAGAAGGACAAGGAGGACAAGGACAAGGACAAGGAUAAGGAAUAUGAGAGCUUCCCGGUCAUUACUGAGGCUGAGGACCUCCCUUUCCUCUCCAAUGGGUCCCUCCUGCCCGCAGAAUCCCAGGCUAUCGAAAUGAAGUUUGUUCGGUACCUCCCCUCUGCUCGAGGAUGGUCACUGCCGGAUCCUCAUCGAUCUGAAGACCACGGCUCAGUCGAUACUAAGGAGGCGAAAAGCCUCCUGAAAAAGGUCCUCGGCGUUACCAUCGAUGCCACUUUUAGUGCCUAG